AUGGAUGAACAAUUACAGCAACCACCACAAGGUGAACAACAACAAGAGGAUGCACCUUGGAAAAGAGUUUGGACUCUCAAUGAAAUGAGAGAUUCAGCUAAACAAUGGAGUUUAUCAUCUGAUGCUGGUUUAUUAAAUUAUAUGCAAGAUUUUGCAAAUAGACUUAUUUAUAAAACUAAAGAGUUAGAGUUUCAAGUCGAUGAACUUGUUAAAGAUUCAAGAUCAAUUCAUGUCAGAGUUCACAAUACAUUUGAUCAAUUUUUAAUGUUAUCAAAUACACAAUUCAUCGAAAAUAGAGUUUAUGAAGACAAUUCAGAAUUAAAUCAAGAUCAAACUGAUGCUUUGCAAAAUAAAGAAAAGCCAGAAAUAACAGAAGAAAUUUUAAUACCAAAAUUUUCAAAAGCUAUUUUGAUUGGUUUAGAAGCUUUGGAAAAAGCUAAUUUUGUAUCACAAGCUUUGGAGAUUUCAGACUCUGCAACAAUUUCAACAACAGGUAUUACAAAUGAACAACAGGGAACAACAAGUUCAGAAGGUGCAGGUAUGGAUGGUAAUUUAGAAUCACAGGACCAACAAGUUCAAGCUGCUCAAGAUAAACAAUUAAAGAAAGAAAAACUAGAUCAUUAUUUAAGAUACCCAUUACCACAUAUCAUUGGUUCGCAACAAUUUUAUGAUGAUGAUUUCUGUGGUCUCUUUAUUGAAGAUUCUGACACUGAAGAUACUGAAGAGGAUGCUAGUGAAGAAUCUUCAUCUUCAAGUGGCGAAGAGUCAUCUGAUGAAGAGGAUGAAGAAAAAGAAGAAAAACAACAAUUACCAGAAGACCAAUCAACAUUAUUCUUAACUGAUGAGCAACCAAAACAACAAAAUUUUUUCUUCCAAGACGAUCAACAAGAACAACAAGAUGAUACAUUUGGUCAAUCAAAUAAAAAAGAAUCAACUUCAUUAUUUGAAGAAGAUGAUGAUAUUUUUGGAGAAAAACCACAAACUCAAAAGAAAACAUCAGGUUACACUUCAUCAUUGUCAGAUAUUUUAGGUGGAGGCGAUGAGGAUGAUUUAUUUGGUUCAUCAAAGAAACAGCAACAAAAAGAUGAAGAGGAACAAGAAGAACAACCAAUCAAAAAGAAAGAUCCAUUUGCAGACGAACUUAGCAAUGCAUUAUCAUCAAAGAGUAAGGGCGGUGAUGAUGACUUAUUUGGUGAUAGCAAACCAACUUCUACAGCCUCAACAGCCACAACCAAAAAGAAAUCAUUAUUUGAUGACGAUUUAUUUGGUGACUCUGACGAAAUUAAAUCAUCACCAACCUCACAAAAGAACAAAAAAGUUACAUUUGAUGAUUCAUUGUUUGAUGAUUCACCAUUACCAACUACUGCUACCAAAUCAUCAACCUCAACCAAAGAUACAAAUUCAUCAACUACACAAAAGAAAACUCUUAAUGAUCUAUUCUCUGAUAUAGAUGACGAGCCAUUACCAGUUAAAAAAGAUACAGUAAAGAAAUCAUCACUUAAUUUCUUGGAUGGUAUGGAUGAAGAUGAUCUUUUUGGCACCAAACCAGCUGCACCAAAGAAACAACCAACCCAAGAACCAACCAAGCCAUCAACUCCAACUCCAGCAAGUGAAGAGACUAGUAGUUCAGGCGAAGGUAGAGCCAGUCCAGCCCCAAAGAAACCAGUGGGUGGCGUUAAAUUAUUCGAUUUCGAUGGCAGUAAUGAUGUUUUUAGUGGAGCUCCAAAGAAAAAAACAGAAUCUAAAGAGUCUACACCAAAACCAGCAGAUGAUGACUUUUUCUCAGAAAAGAAAUCUUCAAAUGAAAAGAAAUCAACUGAAGGUGAUAUUUUUGGUUCUGAAGGUGGUUUAUUAGAUGUACCAGAAAAAAAAAUUAAAAGACAUGAUCCAAAGAAAUAUCUUGAUAGUGAUGUUUUAGGUAUUGAUUCAAUUACUCCAACCAAUAAAACUAAGGUUCAAGAUCCAUUUGGUGUUGCCUCAUCAACAAAGAAACAAGAAGAGACAAAACCAAAAGAGGUUAAAAAAUCAAGUACCAACUUUUUCUCUGAUGGUGAUGAUAAAGGUGAUGACUUGUUUAGUUUCGAACCAAAGAAAAAACAAGAGGACAAAAAAGAAGAACCAAUCGUUAAAAAAGAUUCAAACAAACCAUCAACAACAGAUUCAUUAUUUGGAGAUAUUGAAGUUAAAAAACCAUCAGAAUCAUCAAACUCACCAGCAUCACCAGUAUCAACUAUCGAAUCUGAUCCAUUAUUUGGUGAAAUUAAAAAACCAAUCGCUACAAAACCAAAGAAAACCAGCUUCUUUGAUGAUGAACCUGAUGAACCAAUUAGUAAAAAAGAACCAAUCACCAAAAAAGAAGAACCAAUCGUUAAAAAAGAAUCAACUGCCAAUCCACUCGGAGGUGAUGACUCAUUAUUUGGUGAUAUUUCAAUUAAAAAGAACCCAACAACUACUCCAGCACCAACCACCACAGAAACCAAACCAACAAAAGCAGAUAAUACUGAUCCACUUGCCAAAAAAUCCAACUUUUUCGAUCUUGAUGACUCAUCUUCAAAAGCCGAUGAUGACUUUUUCUCUUUCCCAAAGAAAUCAAACAAUACCUCAUCUUCAUCUUCUAGCAAAGACUUUUUUGGUGAUUUGGAUAGCAAACCAGCUGUAACCAAACCCACAGAGAAAAAAUCAACAGAUUUCGACAGCUUCUUUAGUUCAAAUGAUGAUCCGCUAGGUAUAACUAAACCAAAAUCCAAAACAACUGCCUCAUCACCAUCACCAUCACCAUUAAGCGAUAACGAUAUCUCAUCACCAUUGGGCGAUAUUGACCCAUUAACCGAUUUACCAACAUUUAAUAAUACAAACAAUAACUCAACUCCACCACCACCAUUAAAUAACAUUGAAAACAAUUCAAAUACAAGAAACAGAACCAAAUCUAUUGGUUCAAUAUUUGAAGCUCAACAACAAGAAAAGAAUAGACCAGCCACCCCACCAGCUAAAGACGAAAAAGAUUCAACAGCUACCCAAAAGAAAACCUCAAAUAUCUCCUCACUUCAAAGUAAAUUGGCUCUUAAUCCAAAUAUGUUUAUGCCAGGUCAAAAAAUGCCAAGAAAGAAGAAAGAAGAAUCUGAAGAUGAAGAAAGUGACCCAUUACGUACCGAUAAUGACUCAACUGACCAAUCAGAUUCUGGUGGUAGAUCGUCUCCAUCCAUUUCAUCAGUCAAUAGAAAUACUGCAUCUCGUUCAAAACUUACCCAUCCAACUAAAAGUAGACCACGUAGAAAUACUACAUCAUCACGUACAAGUGAAUCUGAAGAUAACGGUCCAACUAAAGAACUUACUCAUGCUACUAAAGGUAGACCAAAAUCGGGUGGUAGAAGACCACCAACCCGUAAAGGUGCCGCUGCUAGUGUAUCCAUCAAAGAAGAAAGAUCAUCAUCACCCUCAACAACCAAAUCUGUUUUCUCAUCAGAUUCUGAAUCUGAAAAGAGAUCAUCACCUGUUCCAAUUAAAACUGAAACCAAAAAACCAAUUACAAAUAUAUUUGAUGACGUUCCAAUUAAAGAAUCCAAACCAGUCGAACCAAAAGUUGAAUCCAAACCAGUCGAACCAAAAGCUGAAUCCAAACCAGUCGAGCCAAAGGCUGAAUCCAAACCAGUCGAACCAAAAGUUGAAUCUAAACCAGUCGAACCAAAAGCUUCCACACCAAAACCAAAAUCAACAACUUCAAAAAAAACAGAAAUUGAUUCAAUCUUUGAUGAUGUUCCAGAUACUGUAGCACCAAAACCAAAAACUACAGCCACCAAAGCUGCUGCAAAGAAAACCGCCGCAAAACCAACAGUAGCUGAAGAUCUUUUUGAUGAUAUUGCACCCUCAACAACCACACCAAAGAAAUCAACAACAACAAAAUCAACAAAAUCUAUCGAUAGUUUAUUCGAUGAUGACUCCACAACUAAAAAAUCAUCUCCUUCAAAACCAACACCAACUAAAGCAAAAACAACUAAAAAAUCAAAUGUUGAAAAUUUAUUUGAUUAA